AUGCGCAAGAAGAAGCCCGCCGCGAGCAGCAAGAAUCGCUUCGGCGACCUGCCCGACGACCUCCUCCGGCACGUGUUGUCCUUUCUGCCGGCGGGUGAUGCCCUGCAGACCUGCGUGCUCGACACCAGGUGGCGCGACCACUGGAGGCGCACAACCAACCUACUCCUUGUCAUUGACCACUUGAGUUUCCCGAGCUUGGAACGUUUCAAACAGAUCGUCAAGCUCUUCAUCCACCUCCGUGGAAACUCACCUCUCGGUAAGUUCAAGAUCAACACAUGUCUUCAUGUUGACGAGGAGCACAAAUACACAAACACCAGGCUGUUGAUCGAGUAUGCUCUAAAGUGCCAAGUAAAGGAACUCCUAGUCGGCAUUGAUGUUGAUGAUGAUGACGGUGAUUUUGACGAUGACAACAACCCACUAAAACUCGAUGUGUCUCUUAUCUCCCAGCACUUGAAGACCCUGCACCUUAAAUUGGUUAACCUCAAACGUUUCGCUCUGGAUUUGUCGAGCUGCCCAGCAUUAGAGGAUCUAGAGAUGCAACAUUGUGACAUUGAUGCUCGCAGGAUAUCUUCCAAAUCACUACAACGGCUAUGCAUUACCGACAUUUGUUCCUUCCCCGCAGACUUCCGUGUUCGGAUAUUUGCCCCUGGUCUUAUCUCACUGCACCUUUAUGGUUUUAGGGGAUUGACCCCUUCAUUUGAAUACAUUCCAUUACUAGAAACAGCUUAUGUUUGGGUUGACUAUGGGUGCAAUGAUUCUUGUCGUAGUAACCAGCAGGGUUGUGAGCUUGAGAAAUGUGGUUGUCAUGCUUAUCCCAUUGACGAGGGCGUGCUUCUCCAUGGUUUAUCCGAUGUUGCGAAUUUGGAGUUGCUAGCUGAUAAUAGUACUGUUUCCUGGGACAGUCAUGAAAUUGAAGUGGUGAUGGUUGUGCUCCGGCUCACGGUCCUUCUUGAAGAUGUCGUCUUGGAGUUUGGUUGCGAGUUCUACUGUUGCUUGCCGCGGGAAUGCCAGGGAGGUGGCUCUAUGUCUGUUGGCAUGGCCUUUUAUUUGGCAAUGAGGACGCGUGUAGCUCGCCAGAGAAAGCUCGCCGGCGUGCUAGUCAGCAGCGAGCACCAAUGGCGGCAGUGGAAGCAGCACGGAGAGGCAGCGACUCGACGAGAUCUCGAGGCAGUCGGAGCAACAUUUGGAGGCGUACUCGACACCCUGCAGACCUGCGUGCUCGACACCCGGUGGCGCGACAUCUGGAGGCGUAGCACCAACCUGCUCCUAGUUCUUGACGAGUCUAGUUUCCCAAGCCACGAGCGUUUCAAACAGUUGGUGAAACUCUUCAUCAACCUCCGUGGAAACUCCCCUCUCGACAAGUGUGAGAUCAGUGCCUGUCCCGAGGAUGAGACGGAUUGCACGUACACAAACACCAAGAUGUUGAUUGAGUACUCGCUAGCUUGCCAACUUAAGGAGCUCCCCUAG